AUGAAGAAAGAGGUGCGGGAAGCCAUGCGCAACGCCAUAGGCGGAUGGCACCUGAUCUUGGAUUUGCCCUGCUUUAAGAUGGAGGAGGAGACCGUCCGGAAUCUCCUCUUCGAGCUUUCACAGUCUUACUUCUUCAAGGAUCAAGACCCAAUGUUGGUCUUGGAUUGCAUCCUCGAACUGGAGAAUGUCAUUGCGGACAACAUGAGGGUUUGGCAGCUGGAGGCUAUCUAUGCGCUGCGCUCCGAUGCGCGUUUUGCACGGGCGCACUGCACUAACACGGUCUACAGGGCCUCGCUCUUCCUUGAGAGCCACGGCGCGGUCGUGGCCGAGGCGGUCUGUGGCCAGCAGUGGAUCCACUCGCUCCAUGCCGGUAACACCGGAAUGGAGGACACAGCCGAGCCAGUGCCAACGGGUGAUAGUCAUUUGCCGAAUGACGGACUGGCAAUCAUGUCACAUGAUGCAGCGUACUCUCCGAUUGAUUCGUUGCUUAGAGAACGUGUUGUCGAUGCCAGGCAGUUGACGAUUAAUCAGGAUGCAUCUCCGAUGGUCGCCUUUGCCGCCGAGGCACGACACAAUCAGAUUAUCGGCGAAUUGGGAGCAGAACAUCAGGAGCAGCUCCGUGCAAUGUACAAUAGUGGGCUUGCCGAGGUGAACAAGUUGAGGAACGAAUUAGGCAAUGCCAACAUUGCGUUGUCGAUUCAGAGGUCUGAAAUGGGUCAAGGUGAAGUUCGUUUCCAGCAAACCGAAAGCGCGAGGGAACUCGCUGUCCUUGAAGCCAACCGGCAAGCGGAAGCUGCCCGUAGAGCUUUAGAGGAAGCAAACAGCAAUGCCAGGCGCCUUCGCGAAGUGGAAACUUCUGCCCGUCAGAAUGAUGCGAUGCGAUCCCAUGAGGUCGCUGACAUGUCAUCUCGGAUGGAUGAACUGAUGAGGCAGCUUCACGCCCAGCGUCAGCAGACUGAGGUAUUGAUUCAGCAGAAUAGCGCAUUAAGCUCCAGGGUUCGAGAUUUCGAAGCUAGAGAUGCUGCUUUGAGGAUUCAAGAGGGAAUUCCACAAGGGCCUCCACCCGGCAUUCCCGUACAUCCCAUUUCCACCCCGAAGCAUGGAGGUGACACUCCUACGGAACAGGACCAUAAGAAUGAUCUGGUUCUUUCGCUUGAAGAGGCUGAGGGAUAUGCAAGGGAACUUCGGAUCAACGGGAAUUCGAGGAGAAUGAAAGCUACUGAGAACGACGACUCGGUUGAAGAUGAAGUUGGCAGGGACUACAUCAUCAUCGGCGCUUGGGUUUUCAGCGGGAUGACCGGGAUCACAAAUUCUGUAGAUCGUCAUGCUCAGCUGACCAAGUACCUGAUCGCCUUCAUGAAGUCAAGAGGGUUGAAAGAUACCUUUACGUCCAUCUGCAUCAACCAUGGUGGCAAUCGCCGGGUGCAUCGAGACUUGUUGAAUCAUGAUAACUCGCUCAAUCACACUCUAGGCGUUGGAAGCUAUCAAGGUGGUUCCGUAUGGGUUGAGCGGAAGGACGACUUUCCCGUAUUUCGCAGAGAAGGUGUAGCUGGUGGGAAAUCAAAGUGCGUCAAGGUUACGGGGGGACUCGAAGUCGACGGAAGAGUAUAUGACACUCAUGAUCGAAUGUUAUCCUUCCACCCCAAGCUUUGGCAUCAGGCACAGCCUUGGACAGGUGAUCGAUGGACCAUCACUGCAUACACGAUUCGGGAUGUAGACGGUUUGAGCUGGGAACAGUCAAGGUCGCUAAUGUCGCUUGGGUUUCAGUUGAAUUCGUCAAGACGGUUACCAUUUGUUCCAUCAUUGAUUACCGGCGACAGCGAUGAAGAGCUCACACUUUACGACUUCGUGAAGAAGAAGAAGGCCGAAGCCGAGAAAGAUAAGGAGCAUUUUGAUGAAGCCGGGGAGUUGAAAAGUGCCGAGGAUCAGCCACCUCCACCUCCUGAUUAUACGGAGUACUUUCCUGAUGAAGGUGUUAUUGUUCGCCAUCAUAUGCAGCCUCGCAAAGCUAAGUAUGCUGUUAGCGCUGCGGAAGCAGACGUCUUGAACAUCGGCGACCUGCGGUUGACCGAGCGUCAGCUUCUUGGAAGUACUUCUGCAGAAGAACAAUGGGAUGAUGGUUUCCGGGGGGGUAAAGCUUCGGGACUUUGGACGGGAACCACUUAUUUGUUUGAUCGUGGUAUUGACAAGCAUCAUGCCGUGGCUGCUGUUAAGCGCAUUCGUGACAAGAACACAGCUAAAAAGGAAGCUAGGAAACAGGCUUUCUAUGACAUCAGCCAGUUGUCUAGUGGCACCGGAUGCAUGAAACAACCCGUCAACAUCAUCGAGUAUGACAUGAAGUCUUUUCUUGAACAAGCUGUACAAAAGUACAAAGACCUUGCUGGCCCCAAGUACCACACCCUUAAGUCAGCCUCUACUCCAUUCGCCGACGAGAAGAUCGCGAGGCCCAUCGAUGAUGAGGCCGAGGCAAAGGGUGAAUUGGCUCCUAUCGCUAGCCGAGUUCUGAUGAAACUUUUGUUUGCUGCCAGGCCUGCUUCGCCAAUCGUCGUGCCGGACAACCUCGAGAAGAGGAUCGAGCCCGAGAACAACGGGGUUCUCAUUGAAUGGGGUUGUCAAACCGUUUGGGUUGACCUGCGCUUUGCGGGGGGUCCUGAUGACCGCAAACACUUUGGCAAGCUAUGGUCUUCUUUCGUCAACUUAAGCACCGGAUUGGAUUUGAAUAACUGUCGUUACGUCGUGAUUGCUCCCUGGGAUCAUUUCUCAUGGAAGAUGGAUCGAGUUAUCAAGUGGUGUUCCAAUCAUGAGUGUACGAGUUUUGAACUUCUUGAUGGCGAAAGAUCAGGCAGUUUAGGUCAUUGGAGAUUGCAUACUUCCUACAAGAAUUUGCCAAUUGAUGUGAUGAACAAUUUUCAUGGCUGUAAGCUCAAGAACAUUUCAGAGCCACAAUUUCCUGUUCGACAAGCUGCUGUUGCGGUACAAGUUACUCUGAGCGAAGAUCCUAUAGGAAGCGCAGCAGUGAUGGCAUCCUCUUUGCCCACCGUUUCUCUGGAGGAGCGUCGCCGACGCAUCGAGGCUUUCCGCAGGGCUCUUAAGGACCCUGAUUGCCUCGCGGAAGCGAUGGCCUUUGAGGAACCGGCAUAUUUUAAGGAUGCCUAUGGCGUCGUGAAGGAGGCGUACCAGUACAAGCUGGUGGAGCCUGUGGAGUCUGAUCCGCCAGAGGCCAUUUUCCUCGGCCGUAUCCGAAACGGCGAGUGGAUUGGUCUGCGGAAGCAGUACCCCUACGCAGGUUUCCCCCUCCUGUACGAGAUGUGGCACCGCCAUUUCAACAGCCCGGCACAUCAGGGAAUGCCGAUUGAGGGCUUCGAGCUCCACGGCGAUUCCCUCCUGACGGAGUGGACAGAACUUGUCAAGGCUUAUCUCCGCGACCUGGCUUAUGUGGGGCAUGCCACAAACGCCGAACGGACUCUCAAGGCUACUGAGCCGUUUGAUGUCUGUCACAGAGCGUAUGUGCUAUCUCAGGAAACCCUGGGCUACCACGAAUUGAUGCCAGCUGCCACGGCGUUGCUAGACUCGGUGUAUACUCCAGCCCUUCGCAGAAUCGAGCAUCAAGAGCAACCAAGCUCGUAUUUCAUUAUCGGAGGAGAUAGCUCUCUCGCCUUGGUGACCCGCGGCGACGGUGGACGCGUCCUGAUGAAAGGGACGAUGGAACCGUCACUCCGGGAGGAGAUGACCAAGGACCUCCGCAUGGAUGGAUGCUCGGUCGUCAUGCACUGGGGAAAAGGACUUGGAGACAUCGUGUGGCACGUGGAACAAGAGCUCAACCGAGUCCAGAAGUGGAAGAACGGCCAGGAACCGCUCGCACCGGGAGUGUCCUCUGUCACGCUGGUGGCUGGCCCCCACAAUGGGGAAUUCUAUGGUCUCCCGGAGGUCUAUGACCUGGAGAUGGCACGCCAUUCCGACGAGGUAAAAGAGCGAGGGAUCCGCAUUGUCGAUCCCCAGGCCCACAUCCUUGCAACAGAGCGCUACGAUGGGUUUCACAUGGAGGCUACCCACGACAACGUGAAGGUUACCACCAGCUGGUUCUUUCACCUUUGCUCUGCAAUCAUGUUCGAGCGGUGGCUUGUGAAGCACGCAAUGGAACUUAAGGCCAAUUCGCGUGGCAUCCUCUUUCACAACCACUUUCACCUCGGACUCGGCUUGGAAGAGCUCGACAUCCCUCCUACCACGGACUUGCUCAUUCCGGCGGAAGCUGAGAUGGUGACUUUCCCACCUGAGGCACCGCCCGUGCAACGCUUCCCAGAGGAGGAGAUUGUCUUGAACCAGCCGAUCCUCAGCUUGGAAAAGCUUGACGAGCUUGAGGGUGUGCCGCCCACUGACUAUGUCAAUGAAGUGACGAAAGAGUCAGAGGAGCUCACGGUCGAAGAUAUGGUGUCUCGUAACCCGAAUCCGGAGGACGAGCACCUCACCGUGGAAGCGGUUGACCCCGGCUCGGAGAUGGAACAAAUCGUUCGGAAAAUGAUUGAGUCGGUGAACCUGGUGAUGACGGAUAAGGAGGCUGAAGAGGUCGCCCAGGAGAAGGGUGUUGCUCCCUACGAGUAUGUUGAGCCGAAUGUCACAGCUACAUCUGUCGUGGAUGGUGAGGCAGUCUCUACGAUUGCUACUUCCGAUAUCCCGACGGAGGUCUGGGACUCUGGUCCGAUGGCUGUGGACUACGGCGCAGACGAUGAAGAGGAGCAUCCCCGCGGAAGUGGUGGACCCAUCUGGCUUACACCGGAUCAGCUGCCUGAUGUCAAGGGUCGCAUGGGAUACUUCCGCCUCAAUGAGAUGGAGUGUGUUUCGUUGGGCAAGAAGCUGUCGUGGCACUUGCGUGGGCAUGCCAAGGACAAGGGAUUCCGCACUGUUGAGUUCGAUGAAGAGCAGUCUGCAGAGAUUGGUGAUGUCUUGAAGGUCAUUGGGAAGCAGUGGUCCCGCCUGACGGUGAUGACCAUCAUUGACCUGUUGACGUCAGAUCACUGUGACAAGGCACGGUUCGAACUCCAGGCGGAAGCCUUGGACGAGGAGACACGAUUGGGCCGGGGAACAAACUGGCACUUUACUCGUGUCCGAGCAUUCCACGGGCACAAUGCCUGCUUGCUCGUCCUCGACAGCGACCCGCUGAAGACCACUGUCAAGCAGUGGGCCCUCGAUGACAAAUGGAUCCCGUCCUAUGUUGAUCUACCGAUCACGGGUCCAUACCCUUUCAGGGCAACGGCCUUCGAUCUGAUGCCAAAGCUGGCGUACCACGCCACAUACUGGCGAAAUUUCAUGAAGAUCGUCAACACAGGCCUCAUCCCGGGAGGGAAAAUGACCUCGAAGGGCAACAGCGGGAGGCCCUUCAACAUGUUCGCGAUGGAGCCUCAGUGGGAACGCACCUCCAAUCAGGGCGUCCGCCCUGGCGCCCAGCUGGAAUUUGUGAUAGACUUACAGCUCGCCGCAUGCGAUGGCUGUCGGUUUUUCGAGACAAAAGCUGGAGCGCUGCAGACGCCGGAUUGGAUCAGCAACCGGGCCAUUCUGUAUGCAUAUGACCGGUCGACUCAGGAAAUGAUCUGGGCGAACCGAGCAUACGAACCAGCGCGGAAGGGCUUGGCCCAGCCGUGCAAAGACAAGAGCCUCAACACGCCCAUUUAUGGCGAGCGGGGUCACCAGGAGCUGGUCGAUGCAAACGGCUAUUGCUACAACUACCUCGUGGCAGGCCUCGGGUAUCGCAACUUCGACACCUGGAAGGACGCCGCUAAGGCAUGCAAGGAUGUCUAUGACCUUGAUUUCUACCCAACAAGCAUGUGUGGUCUAGACAUUCGCAUCCCGGAAGGGCAUGCCUUGCAGGGCUCAGAGUCAUUGUACAAAAUGGUGGUUCACGUGGCUCCAAAGCAUCCUCAUCAAAAAUGCAACGAUGAGUCGGAUUGGCGUCGCCAGGAGAAUGUCAGCAUUCCUUCUUUCGCUUGCCCGAGCUGCGGUACAUCCAACGUCGAUGGUGCAAUCUGUUGUUAUCGAUGUGAGUCUCGAUUGGAACCGCACUCAGAUGUGAGCAUGGCCUUGGAGAACACCCGUGCCAAGCAAGUUGCCGCCCGGAAGGGUGAGCCCCUGGAUUACAGGGCAUUGCAACCAAGCGGGGAGGUCAACUCCAAUCGUGCCACGGGCAACAAGAGGGAUCGGAGUGCUGGCUCUGGCCCAGCAGCUGUUCGUCAGCAGGCCGCCAAGUACCUUGGAAAGGCCUUGAAGGCGGGUUCUCGCACUGUUGUUGAGCGUCAGUCUCGUGAUCCGUUCACGGCCUACAACAAUGCAAGAUUUGGCAUAUCCAUUACGGGGCUGGAGCAACUCAUGAUUUUCGCCCGAAUGAGGAUCGCCAACCCGCCGAGGUCCUGCCAGAUGAUCCAUGACCGCACUGGCUUUGACGGCGCAGCCAAGGUGAGCUUCUCAUUCCCACCGGAAGGUGAGGACCUGACACUUACGGACCACUGCUUUGUGGCGUUCGUGGACAGGUUCUACAAGCUUGACGAAGCCGCCUUGUUAGCGUUUGCCGUCCAUCGCAACGGCUACGUCAUGGACAUCCUCGGCUUUAGCGGUCGCACAUUGAAGCCGACCGGUCCAGUGGUGCAGAUCUUGGCUAGGAUUGUGGGAUUCUUCCAAGAUGAGGUACGGUAUGCAGUUGAGCGCGGCGAACAAGUGCCUGAGUUGGUUUUGCCUGCCAAUCAGGAACUCCGCGUCCCGGAAGGGCUCGCCUCUCUUGGGGAUAGACAGCUGAACGAGCUUCUCAUCAACACGAAGUUCGCGAGACAGCUUCCCGGCGCCAAGGGCGUCAAUGAGAGGAUCGGGUAUGCCUUCAGAGAAGGGAGGACGGAGAUCAGAGGCAGAUCAGCUCAGCCGCCGAUUCCAAAGGCGAGGCCAACAACCAGAGCUACCGGUAGUGCACAGCGAGCUGGCUCAGUUCCUCCAAAGCCAAGAGCACGCCCUCGUGACCCUUCCCCGGGAGUGGCAGCUACCCGCCUGCGGCCAACAGAGCCCAGCUAUCCGCCACCCGGAAGGGAUGUGCCAGGAUCGUCAACGGAUGCGCCGAUGCGUCCGCCCGAGCCAAAGGGGCCUCCACCAACGACCUUGGUUGUCGAUUCAAGGGGGAACCCUAUUGACCCAUCGCAGCCUCGCCGACCUUACUUCACCCGGCAUGAUGCGCUGCUUUGGGCUCGCCUCAAGGCAUCUCGGGACAAGAACGUUCCCAGAGGCAUGGAAGACCGUGCAGUACCAGCAUUUCAUGAUUUGAACGACUUCCACCUCCUGGCACCGGAGCACGUGGGCUACUUUCUCUCUGGCUGGAAAGAGACCCAAAACGGGAUCCGCCUGUACUGA